UUCUUCACUCCCAAACAACCAUCAUUCUCGCCCCUCUCCCCCUACCCCUCGUCGUCUUCACCGAAUUCAUCUCAUCUCUCAGAUUCUCACUCUCGUUCUGGCUCAGUCUCAGCCCUUGCUAGCGCCACGCCCUUUCCUACCGACACGAAGUUACGCUGUGUUGCUUCUGUUCACUCGCCCGUCGCGGUUGCCGCGUCUUGUUCGCCAGCCUAUCGCCUCUCGUUCAGUUCUCGUCGCGGUCGCUCCAGCCUCCAAGUUCGCAAUCCCCCUUCUCGAUCCAGUAACUUGAUGGAGAGUUCUGAAGAAGAAAAGGAUGCUGUUUCUGGGAGUCAUGCUAUGCCUUUGGAACUGAGUCGUUUAGCAUCUAAUGGUACAAAAUUUGUAGAUGAAGUACUUAAUGGUCAUAAUCAACGCUGUAUGGAAAACUUUCGCAUGGAUAAACAUGUUUUUUAUAAGUUGUGUGAUAUUUUGCAAGCCAAGGGCUUAUUACGUCACACAAAUCGAAUCAAAAUUGAGGAGCAAUUGGCCAUAUUCAUGUUCAUAGUUGGUCAUAAUAUGCGGACUCGAGCUGUUCAAGAGUUAUUUCGUUAUUCUGGAGAAACUAUCAGUCGUCACUUCAACAAUGUUUUGAAUGCAAUAAUGUCAAUUUCGCUUGACUUUUUUAAGCCUCCGACCUCUGAGGUUCCUUUAGAAAUUGUUGAUGAUCCUAGGUUCUAUCCAUAUUUUAAGGAUUGUGUGGGAGCAGUUGACGGUAUACACAUGCCGGUGAUGGUUGGUGUAGAUGAGCAUGGACCUUUCCGCAAUAAGAAUGGUUUAACUUCACAACAUGUUCUGGCUGCUUGCUCGUUUGACCUCAAGUUCUAUUAUGUUUUGGCUGGUUGGGAAGGAUCUGCUUCUGAUUUACAAGUUUUUAAUUCAGCAAUCACAAGGCGGAACAGACUACAAGUUCCUGAAGGCAAGUACUACCUCGUAGACAACAAGUAUCCAAAUGUGCCAGGCUUUGUUGCUCCAUAUUCUAGUAUUCCCUACCACUCCAGAGAAUUUCCUAGUGGUUAUCAUCCUCAGGAUGAAAGAGAAUUAUUCAAUCUACGACACUCUUUGUUACGAAAUGCUAAUGAUCGAGCUUUUGAGGUACUCAAGGAACGAUUUCCUAUAUUGAUGGCUGUUCCUCCAUACCCAUUGCAAACGCAAGUGAAGCUGGUAGUGGCAGCCUGUGCAUUACACAAUUAUAUCCGCUUGGAGAAACCAGACGAUUGGCUUUUCAAAAUGUAUGAAGAGAAUGUUUCAAUUCAAAUGGAAGAAUCGCUGCCGCCAAUAGAGAUGGAACAACCAAACUUAGAUAUUGAUAUGCACUCAUUGGAUGAUACUUUUGAUGCUGAACAACUUGAACUUGCUACACGGUUAAGGGACUCUAUUGCAACUGAAAUGUGGAAUGACUAUAUCCAUUCGAUGUCUCCCGUGUAGAUUGAGUUAAAUGUUUUUUCGUGCCAUUGUAUUUGGCUAGGUUUGAAAUUUACUUAGUAUGCCUAGGAGGGUUUUAGUGUACAUUGGCAUUAUUUUGGUCAUACGAUAGAUGUAGCGAGAAAUUACAAUUUACUUUAUAGCUUCACCCAUUACUUUUAGAAAAUGGAUUAUGGUAAUCAAUUCUUGAAUGAUGGCUGGAAGAAUAAAACACUGUGCAUUUUUGUUUUGUUGAA